ACACCCAGUAUAUCUCAUGAGCUGUCAUCUUCUUCAAAGUUCCAUAGACGGCUCGUACCCCGCUUCUUCUUUAAUCGUCGGGUCAGCGCUGUAGCGUUAAGCAUCUCCAGCAGCCGGAGAACUUCUUAACACCCGGUACUGUUUUAUACAUGCGAACACUGACGUAACUUUACCCUGCGUUUCACUACCUUAGUGCCUUUGAGAGCUGAAAGUAACGUCUCUGUUGAGACAGACAAAGAAAAUGGAUUCCCAGAUUUCGGAAAAGGAGACGGUUUCAGUUGUGAUUAAAACGCCGAAUCAACUUCAUGGUGAUCUGGCAGUCGAAGAUGUGAACAUCAACUGGACGGUGAAGGACCUGAAAACUCAUUUGGCGAGCUUUUAUCCGUCCAAACCGGCUGAAAAAGACCAGAGAAUCAUCUACUCAGGCAAACUGCUCACAGACAACCUGCACCUCAGAGAUGUUUUUAGGAAGACGGACGCAGUACCCACUCUUCACCUUGUGUGUGCAUUUAAACCCCAUCCUGAUUUGCAGCAGGGAGCCAGACCUAAGGUCAAACCAGCAGAGCAGCAGCCGUCGCCAGCCACUUCAUCUCCAACACCAUCUGCGCCUGCUGUGUCCCCUACUGCCGGUCUCAGACAGCGUGGUCACCCUGCCCCUGCUGUGCCCACUGCUGCAUGGCCUGCCACAGGCACUGGCACGAGCACAUCCGCGCCAAGACCAGAAGCGGUGACCCAUCCAGCAUUCCCUACAUACUCACUUUACAGCCCACAGCAACUCCUUUGGCUGCAGCAUAUGUACGCUCGACAGUACUAUAUGCAGUACCAAGCAGCUGUUGCAGCCGCUGCUUCUGUUCCGGUGACCCCUCCUACUUCACUACCAGUCACGCCGCAACAAGCCGCUGUGCCUGCCGGACUACCCAAUCAGGCUCCCAUCGACAACCUGCCAGCCAACCAGAAUGUCCCAGAUCCUGCCUUUAUCAACCCAGACGGAGCCAAUCAGAACAUGCGCAUGAACGCCCAGGGCGGGCCAGUGAUGGAGGACGAGGAGGAUGUGGAAAGAGAUUGGUUGGAUUGGGUUUACACCGCCUCGCGCUUCGCUGUGUUCCUGAGCAUAGUUUACUUCUAUUCCAACCUGAGUCGCUUCAUUCUAGUGAUGAGCAGCCUGCUCCUCAUGUACCUGCACACCGCGGGCUGGUUCCCAUUCAGACAACGAGCUCAGGCUCGCCCUCCAAAUGAUCCAGCGCCAGAGGUCAUUCAGAACCAGCAGAAUCAGAACCAGGACAGACAAGAGCUGAUGGUGCCCCCUGCUGAAUUGGAGGAUGGGGAGACAGAUCGAGAAGCUGAUGUUCAACCCCCCUUGAUUGCAGUUCCUGCAUCUCCAGUUCGACCCUCUAUUCUCUGGACAGCCUGGGUUUUCUUCAGAUCUUUCUUUGCCUCCCUGGUCCCUGAGGCUCCUCAAGCUAUGGCUAACUGAGUCCGGCAAAAAUAUGAUCAGACUGGUAAAGUCAAAAGUAGCACCAACCCUGAAGGAGAACUCUGCCUCCUCUUAGUCAGUUUGAUCCAGGACUUUGUUUUUGUUUUUUUGCUGCACGAACAUGUGGUUUGUGAUUUCCUGGAUUAGAUUUUACUCUGCUUAGUCAAGCUCCAAGUUUGCCCAUUCAGCCCUUUUCAAGCUGUUUGGUGACGUGACCAAAAAAACUCAUCUCUUCCUUCAGCCAAAUAGUGUGUAUAUAGUGUAAAUAAGUGCUGAAACACCUUGUAAAUGUUUCUGUACAGUUUCUGCACAGCACUUUAAAUUUUCUCCCUGCCAGCAUCGGUCUGUCAUCUGGUCAGAUGACCUUGCACAGUACUUAUGUCAUCGGGGUUUCAUUUUCCUGGAAUGGUCCAGAGAUUGAAACCAUGAGUGGAACAUAGAACAGCUUAUCUCAUCAAACAUGACUGACAUUGAAGGUUAUUAAUAGAUACUUGGUGUACAAAUGCCUUUUAUAAGGGCUUGUGUGUGACACUUUGAGAUUAUGACAAAUUUUAGCUGUACUGGUCUGUGUUGGGAAUUAAUUGUAUUCAGGUUUAUCUCGUGCUUCUGUAUGAUUGUGUAUGAUGUUCUGAGUUAAAAGAAUAUACAUAAAUAUAUAUGACAAACAGCCCAGGAAAUGUUUGUUUUGUGACUUUCUGGAACAAAGUACAGUAGGAUAAACUUCAAUUUGAAUCCUGCAUGAAUAAUUAGCUCUUAUUUAAAUCUUUUGUGCAUCAGCACGUAAAGUAAAUGAGUAGGCACCUGAAAGCAAACAAGUAUAAUUUCUUUAAUGAUUGAAUUAAUACAUUUAAAUAAUAACCUUUUUUGAUCUGAUAUUUAGCAGUUUGUCUUUUCUCAUUUUAUUUUUCUUUCAAAAAAAGAAUCCGCUUCGCUAAUGCGAAUGAAACAUGCUGUAAAACUUUGUAUAAGGAAAUGAAGAAAUAAAAUCCUUUUAAAUAAAACAA